AUGAAUGACGAUGCAUUAAGAUAUGCUGAACGUCUUGUACCACGUUCUUAUAUUGACUUAGCUCGACAAGCACGUCGAUCACAUGAACAACAAAUUCGACAAAUUAUUGAACACAGAAAAUUACCUGAACAACCAUUAGAAGAACAUGUUAUUGAACAAUGGAUAAACGAAAUGGCACAAAUGGAUUCAAAUAAUUUUGAAGGAAAUGUUGGCGUGGGAGAACGUGAAGGUCGUAUUUAUUCAUCGCUUGUUGCACGACGACAUUCUUUACUUUCACAUGGUAUUGGACGUUCCGGUGAUAUCAAUGCAAUUCAACCAAAAGCAGCUGGCUCAUCGUUACUUAACAAACUUACUAAUGAACUUGUACUUGAUGCAAUUCAUGCUCUUGGCUUAAGAACAAUCACUCAUGCAGUUGUUAUUCCAAUGGCAACGGGUAUGACGAUGACAUUGUGCUUAUUAACAUUUAAAAAACAACGGCCACAAUCUCGUUAUGUUCUCUGGUCACGUAUUGAUCAGAAAAGUUGUUUUAAAUCAAUUUUAACAGCUAAUCUAGAACCAAUUAUUAUUGAGCAAAUAGAAAAUAAUAACUAUCUUCAAACCAAUGUUGAUGAAUUUGAAAAACAAAUUCACAAAUUUAAUCCACAUGAAAUUUGUUGUAUUAUAUCAACAACAAGUUGUUUUGCACCUCGUGCUAUUGAUAAUGUUCAACAGAUAAGUAAUCUAUGUCAAAAAUAUUCGAUUCCACAUUUAAUUAAUAAUGCAUAUGGUUUACAAUCAACAAAAAUUAUUCAUGAAAUUGAACAAGCUAAACGUUCCAAUGGUCGAAUUGACUAUAUUGUUCAAAGUACAGAUAAAAAUUUUCUUGUGCCUGUUGGUGGUUCAAUUGUUCUUACAUAUGAUUCGAAAUUAUUCGAUGCGCUUUCACAUGCUUAUCCAGGUCGUGCUUCAAUAACUCCAACAACCGAUAUGUUUAUUACACUUUUAUCAAUGGGCAAAAAAGGUUUAUUAGACUUAGUACAAAAACGAAAAAAUCUAUUUAAUUUAUUUUAUGAAAAACUUAUACAAUGGACAAAAGAUAAUGAUGAAUAUAUACUUUCAUCGAAGCAAUUCAGUCCAAUAUCAAUUGCUAUAUCACUUAAACAUUUACCAAAUGAACGCGUUACUGAACUCGGUUCUAUGUUAUUUACACGACGAAUAUCAGGUGCAAGAGUUAUCAAAUUAGGAACGAAACAAACUAUUGAUACAUAUGAAUUUAUGAAUUAUGGUGCGCAUUCAUCAAAUAUUCAAUGUUCUUAUUUAACUGUGGCAGCUUCUAUUGGCAUGGAAGAAAGUGAUAUUGAUAUAUUUAUGAAAAAAUUUGAUAGCAUUUAUCAAAAAUUACGACGCAAUGAAAACAGUGAUGAUUAA